AUAGCUGCAAUUCCAGUCUCCUGUACGUGCGAUUUCAAUGCAUUUAGAAUAUAGCAAUGAAUAAAUGUCCUCGCUGCAACUGCGAUGCUACAGGACAGAAUCGCCUCGUCACCGACAGCUGUGGACACGCCAAGUGUCGCCUCUGCCUGGUGGCGGAUGUAUCGGAUUGCCUGGAAUGCCGAGUUGCAAUCCAGGAGAGUGUCGAGAUCCAGGAGACACAGGAAACGCAAGCAAGUACGUCGGCUGAUAAGCGAAUUUGUGUCACAGAUAAGGGCUACCACUGUACAGUCUGCAAGAAGGAUUUUCGCAGUCGGACCCAGCAGUAUUACCACCUCACCUGCGGCAACGAUCUUCUCAAGAAGUUCAACUGCAAGGAGUGCGGACGCAGGUUUGCUACCAGUUCGCAUUUAAAGUACCAUCUCAUGAGCCACGAGAAACAAUCAAAACACUCGUGCAGCGUCUGCCAUAAAAGUUUCAAGCAACCAAUUGUUCUACAGCGUCACAUGCUUACCCACAACCAGGAAAAGCAUUUGUGCCCGAUCUGCCAGAAGGUUUUCCGCCGCAAGAGCUCUCUUGCAAGCCACCUGGCGAUCCACAGCGAUCUCGGCCUGCAAUUUAAAUGCGAGCUCUGCUCUAAGCAUUUCCAGAACAAGGCCAAUUUGAACCAGCAUCUGCGGAAACACGACAAAAACAUUAUUCGGCACAGGUGCAAAGUGUGCCAGAAGUCCUUUCUGCGACAAUCCACGCUUCGGCUGCACAUGAAGCGCCACUCAAAUCGCGAACGACAGUCCUGUUCCCUUUGCGGCAAAAGCUACAAUGAUCAGGAUGCUCUGAGCCGGCAUUUAAGACAACACAAGACUGCAGAACGCUACCGCUGUAUCCAAUGUGACAUCACUGUCAACCGAAAGGACAACAUGCUGCGACAUCUGCGAUCCAUGCACCCUGGUUGUGCGUUUGACAGUACUGUGGAAAUGGUUACACCGAGGUCCAGUGCUCAGGAGGCUACGACGGCGGAAGAAAGACCAUCUGAGACUGUAAGAUACAACAGCGUGAUCCAGAGUGUGGGCAACGUUGAGCCAGUAAUGUUGCCGCAAACUACGCCACUGCCAUCUCAACUCCCCGAACUGCAGCUGGAGCAAGGAAAAGCUGCCUCAGAGCAUCUGCCUCUGCCAGAUGUAAUGCCAGAGGAGAAUGUCCAGCUUUAUCGCAAGAUCAUCUUGGAUCUGGACAACGAGGAAUACUCUAGCGAACCUAGCCCCGAUGCACAAGAACCCGCCAUGCAACAUCACCAGCCGCGUGUCUCGGGACAAGGUAGCUCCAAAUUUAGCGAGAUGCACUGGCGCAAGAAUUUCAAAUAUUGGUACCAAAAAGAAGAAAACACAAAGUGACGAUAUGAUCUCUAAAGAGUUG